AUGUCAGCUCCUUCUGUUGUCGACGGUCAAACAGGAAACCCCACGCCUCCCAUACUUACACUCCCAGUGGAGAUUCUGAGUAUGAUCUUCCGGGAGGGCGAUGACGAUUGGGAGAAUUUGCCAGAUCUGCCGAACAUUCGUGGAACCUGCAAAUUUUUUGACUCAAUUGUGGCUCCUAUGCUAGCUGCUGAGUGGUCCGGUUGCCUGCGUAUUUAUUUGAGCAGACCAAGCGUCAAAGGACUAGGAACCAUGAGCUCAACAUUCGCAUCUCAAGUCAAGACCAUUCGUCUCUAUACUCUCAGAUACAACAGUGUCCCCAAGCCAGAUCUGUUUGCCAGGGGUAGAGAGCAUAACAAGCGCAGGCAAGAUAUCUGCACGGAGGAGAGAUGGUCAGCUAGUACCUGCAACUCGCCCAGAAAAAAGCUACUCGAAGACAUUGAUAAUCACAAUGAACGAGUGGCCAGGCAGAAUCAGUAUCUUGUGGCUGGAGGUCCGCUAGCAGAUUUGCUGCAAGCUCUGCACAGUCUGAAAGCUUGCAACAACGCCGAUGUCAGCUUCGAAGUCUUCGACAGCCCCAGACUGUACAGAUCCGGGGUUGUAGAGAGCAUGACUAUCUUCGGAAUCGACGCUUCACCUCAGACACAUGACACUUCAAGUAUCGUCAAAAUUCUUGCGCACGCAAUCAAUCUCAGCCAGUACCCUGUCAAAGCAAUUACGCUCGAAACUUCUUACGGAAUUCGUCCAACCAAUAAGAUUCAGCUGGAAGACAUGUUUUGGAACAGACUUCCAUCAGUGCCUGAAGUGUAUAUCAAGAUGCAGAAAAGAAAGAGCGAGGCAGUUCCUAGGGAGCCUUCCCACCCAAACUUCAAGGUCAUCAGUAUCUCAUCCGAGAGAAAUCAUCUCACGAUGACGGAUCAGAGCUUUAGACUGGACUACACCGGACGCUAUGAUCCUCAGUUCAGCAGACCAAACUAUGGAGCUUUCUACGACUUCAUUCGAGGCAAGCAGUUUCAGAAGGUUACCCUGAAUAAUGCCCAUGCUCAUCAUGACUUCAUGGGUUCAGGAUUGAAUUUGCGUUCAGAAAACCUUGUGUGUCUCGAAAUCUGCGGUGUCUCUCUCACGAAGUCCUUCGACGAGAAUGGUCGACUAGGAACCGCACUCGUCUUUUUAGGUCACUUGAAGAGCAUGAGCACACUCCAGAGCCUCACACUUAGUGGAAUCGUGGACGGUGAUCACGGUGAUAUUCAACAAGAUGAGGUAAUUUGGAACGGACAGGAAGAGAUUCAAAUGGGUCUCGAUGUUCUCAUCCGCAAGGUCAAGAUCUGGUACAUCUGA